GUCAUGUUGCACACCGGGAUCUGCGUCAAGGCAUGAUGACACCGACUGCGACGUCACGAGACCGGUGGCUGCUAUGACAACAGCACUACAGCGACCCUCAAUUUACACCCCAGAGCCUCUCAAAACACACACACACACCUUCUUCAUUGUGUUUUGUAAGUACAGUCUAUAAGAGGUUAUGGUGACUCGGUAAAAGCCAGAGGAACUCUGCUACUCGAUCAGGAUCAAGGUUAAUAUGCUGAUGACAUCCUUGCCACACAGCAGAAUUUGAAUUAUGGGUAACGUGGAGAGCCAGUAUGGCAGCCACAGUUUCUAUGGCGACCGUGAACGACAACUGUCACGGAAGCGAGUGUCCCGAUCGCUGCGUUUAUCGGGGAAGCAGUCGUACCAGAGAAAACCCGAGCACCGUAACUCGGAGACAAGCACACGCUCUAGCAGCACACCCAGCAUCCCACAGUCACUUGCUGAACAUGGCCUGGAGCCAUUUGACGAUGCUGAUGCUCUGCCGCACUUCAGCUCCCCUAUCUGGGUGGACCGGGUGGCUAUGAAUCUGCGGCCUAUGAGCUUCCACAAGGAUUCGGCUCAUGAGCCAUGUAACAGCACUUCAGCUGACAUUCCUGCUGUUCAUGCUGACAGUGGACAAAGUACACAGAACACCACCAAGCCACCAGAUGCUGCUGGUUCUUUCAAGAAGAAGCGUUCCAAAUCUGCAGACGUGUGGAGGGAUGACUCUUUGGAGGUAUCUCUGUCUGAUGCAAGUCUGGAGCGCUUAACAAGCACGGAGGACCUCAUGGACAAUGCUAAUAUCACUGAUGUCACCCGCGCUAACUCACUGGGUGAGCUUUACACACUGCAGAGCUAUGCUAAAAAACGCCACAAGGGUGGAGCUCUGUGCAGAGACAGUGAGGAGGACAAGAUGCUGUCUCCAUGCGAGGAUGAUGGUGCUACCUAUGGAGCAUUCACCCUGCCCUGCCGCCGAUCCCAUUGUCUGUCAGAAGGUUUGACCAAUCACCAGGUAGCAAUGCCAGGAAGGCGGGCACAAACCAUACAAGACGUGACAGUAGGGGAUGUCGUUGAGCUGGAGGACACUGGGAUCGAUGCCCUGAUUGGUGAAAGUGAUGUGUGUGAGCUCCCAUCUCGCCAUUACAAGGCCCUGUCUGUGUACUCCACACCAGCAGGGGGCAGUGGAGACACGCCUGACACUGGAGUGCAGGGUGUGUACGAGAACUUCCGCCAGGAGCUGGAGAAGAGCGGAUGCAGGGCGGAGACUCCAGAGGAAGGGGCGUCUGCUCUGAGUGACGAACUGAGCUCGGCUAAUCAAACGGAGGCGCUUGUGGGCGUGGCCGAAGGAUGCGUACGCAAAGCCGGCCGUCUUAAUGUGAAAAACCUGCUCGUGCACAAAAAGAACAAGAAGGUGGAGCUCGCCGCUCGCCGCAAGUGGAAGAGCUACUGGGUCUCGUUAAAAGGAUGCACUCUGUUUUUCUAUGAGACGGAUGGGCGAUCAGGCAUUGAUCACACCUGCAUCCCAAAGCACGCUGUCUGGGCGGAAAACAGUAUCGCACAAGCUGUUCCCGAGCAUCCCAAAAAAGAUUUUGUCUUCUGCCUCAGCAACUCAAUAGGGGACUCGUACCUUUUCCAGACAUGUAGUCAGACAGAGGUGGAAAACUGGGUGACAGCGAUCCACUCUGCAUGUGCGGCUGCCAUUGCCCGGCAACAUCACCGCGAUGACACGUUAUGUAUUCUGCGCUCCGAGAUCCGAAAACUGGAGCAGAAGAUCGACAUGGAUGAGAAGAUGAAGAAGAUGGGCGACAUGCAGCUGGCCUCUGUCACUGAUACCAAGAAGAGGAAAACCAUUCUGGAACAGAUCUCAGUGUGGGAGCAGAAUCUGGAGUGUUAUAAUGUGGACUUGUUCCGAUUGAGGUGUUAUUUAUGCAGUCUGCAGGGAGAGGAGCUGCCCAAUCCAAAGCCUCUUCUCUCAGUGGCCUCACGCUCCACCAAACUCUCCAUGGGACGUCUCGGCUUCUCAGUGUCUUCCUUCCACGCUCUGGUGGCGGCGCGUACAGAAAGCGGCGUUCGGAGGCGAGCACACGCCAUGUCACACUCCACUGGCAAGCGAAAAAGUCGCUUCUCCUCACUGUGGGGACUGGAGAUGAACUCAAAGAGGAAAAUACACACACACACACACCCCAGCAUUGAACAGGUGUUUGCAGAAGGGGAGGAGCCAGUGAAGAGAGCUCUGGAGGAAAUGAUGGAGGAAUCUUCAAGGGGAAAUGUGAAAGAUGAGCAGAUGUGUGUGACGGGCAUGGUGAAGGACCGCCUCACGCCCUCUUGGGUGUGUUUACCCGACGGUCGUCCCAUUCUCACUGUAAUACGGCCUGGAGAGUCAGCACUCGACUCACUCGAGACCAUCUGCAAGGCUCAUGAUUUGGACUCGACCAAACAUUACCUGCGUUUAAAGUUCCUGAUCGAGACACAGGUGCAGUUCUACAUCCCUAAGCCGGAGGAGGACGUAUACGACCUGCUCUUUAAGGAGAUCGAACUCUGCUCCAAGGUUAGAAAAGUCAUUCAGUUUGACAGAGACGAGUCCUGCAUGAUCGGCUACGGUUUCUCGAUCUCUAUGGUGGAGGACGACAGCGUGCAGCAGCUCUACAUUACGGACGUAAAAGCAGGAGGAUUAGCCUUCGCCAAAGGUUUGAAUGCGGGCGACGAGAUCUUGCAGCUGAAUGGAAAAAACUCCAGCACAUUGACAUUCUCCGAUAUGAAGACUGCAUUCUCUCAGGCAUCUCUCUCACUCACGGUGAACACACUGCCCCUGGUGGAUCGAAGACAACACUGCUUCCUGCCUCCAAGACGUUCUGAUGCUGUCCAGCAACUCUACACAGACAUCUUUUCCCAGAACCAGGAGGAGAUUCUGGAUGAUGGAGUUGGGCUCAUCUCAGAGACGUCUGGGGACAGCCUGGACGAUGACACUGAGCUCUUUAUCGAGUACAGGGACUACGAAAAGAGCACGGAGCAGGUCGCUGCUUUUUGCCGGAGUCUUCAUGAGAUGAACCCUUCAUCAGAAGCAGCUUCAUCUUCGUCCUCUUCCUCACUUCCUCGUCAACUCUCGGAUGCCGAUAAACUGCGCAAGGUCAUCUGCGAGCUCGUGGAGACCGAGCGCACCUAUGUUAAGGAUUUGAAUUGUCUUGUCGGGAGGUAUUUGACCCCUUUGCAGAAGGAAAGCUUCCUCACCCAGGAUGAGUUGGAUGUGUUGUUCGGGAACCUUCCGGAAAUGCUGGAGUUCCAGGUGGAGUUUUUGCGCACACUGGAGGAUGGAACACGACUCGUCCCUGACCUUGAGAAACUGGAGCGAGUCGAUCAGUUUAAGAAAGUGCUCUUCUCUCUCGGUGGUUCAUUCCUUUAUUACGCCGAUCGCUUUAAGAUCUACAGCGCAUUCUGUGCAAGUCACACGAAAGUCCCCAAAGUCCUGGUGAAAGCAAAGACGGACCCAGACUUUAAGGCGUUCCUGGACGAGAGGAACCCGAAGCAGCAGCACUCGUCCACGCUCGAGUCAUAUCUGAUUAAACCCAUCCAGAGAGUACUGAAGUAUCCUCUGCUGCUGCGUGAGCUUUACACACUCACCGACCCCGAGAGUGAAGAGCACUACCACCUGGAUGUGGCAGUAAAGGCCAUGAAUAAAGUAGCUAGCCACAUUAAUGAGAUGCAGAAGCUCCAUGAGGAAUUUGGCGCUGUGUUCGACCAACUCAUCGCAGAACAGACCGGCAACAAGAAAGAGGUAGCUGAUCUUUCCAUGGGAGACCUGCUGCUCCACACCACUCUGAUUUGGCUCAAUCCUCCGUCCUCUCUGGGAAAAUGGAAGAAGGAGCCUCAGCUCGCCACCUUCGUGUUUAAAACAGCUGUUGUUUUUGUCUGCAAAGAUAGCUCCAAACAAAAGAAGAAAAUGGGUGGAUCACAGCGUGCAUCAGUAUCAGGUGAGGACAGAGACCCGUUCCGUUUCCGUCACAUGAUCUCCACUGAUGCCCUUCAAGUUCGAACCCUGACUGGAGCAGAUGGUGACAGUGCUGCAGUGUGUGAGAUCAUCCAUGUGAAAUCUGAGUCGGAAGGAAGACCAGAGAGAGUGUUUCACCUGUGCUGCAGUUCUCCCGAAAGCAAGAAGGACUUCCUGAAGACCGUGCACUCCAUUUUAAGAGACAAACAGAGACGGCAGUUGAUGAAGACAGAAAGUCUUCCUCCCAGCCAGCAGUAUGUGCCCUUUGGAGGGAAGCGUCUGUCUGCUCUGAAAGGAGCUAGACCCACUAUGAACCGAGCAGCCUCUGCUCCAACACGUACUUUGGGUCGGCGCAAGCUAGUGCGAAACCGCUUCACCAUUGACACGGACAUUGUGUUCGACACGGACGCCGACGCUGACUCGCCAGACUCCCAGACCUCCCUGCAGCCAGGCGACACAGACCGCUGGGUUGAGGAGCAGUUCGACCUGCAGCGCUACGAGGAGCAAGAGCAAGCAAAAGAGAUGGAUUUACUGAGCGAUCAGGAUGGGGAUGGGGAUGGCGACGAUGAAGACCUCAGCCAGGAGCUAGAAGGACCUGUGUCGGCUAUGUCACUGGAGGACGAGGAAGAGGACACUAAAGCUGAAGGCAAAGGCAGAAAAUCCCAGCAUGCUUUGAAGCUGUCUGAUCUUGGGAAGCAGUGUGCCAUGUCCGUAGCUAGCGUAGACGAGCAGUCCGUUAUUGCCGAUGAGGAUGUGUGGGUGCGACGGGAGAUGAGCAGUACUGACAGUGAUACACAGAAUGAGUUGCAAAGCUGAAGAUUAGCUGACAUUUCAGAAUUACAUGACAAUAGAGUUUAGCUCUAAGACCAUACAGUAAUAGAGAGCUCACAUAGGGAUUGAUGAGUGGAGUUCGGAAAGAAAACGAGCCAGAAAUCUAACAACCAGACUUUAGAUACUUCAAAGGAAAUACAACACCGAACACAUUGAGCAAAUGCUAAUCCCCAGUCUUACACUUGUUCUACAAGUGCAUGCUUAUAGUAACUCUUUCAAGAGGAAAGUCAAUGAGGGUGUGUUGAAAACAGGGCCAGAGUGCAAAAGCACUGCCGAGGUUCUCUCCUGCAUCAUAAAUAUAGGUCAUAGGUCAAAUACAUAAUAUAAACUCUCUUAACUAGCACUUUGGACAUGAGUACUUCACCUGUGUCCAGACACUUUCAGUUAUUUCAGGCAUGUUCUUUAAAUUUACACCACUCAAACAGUAGUUUCCCUGAAUAUUUCCCAGAAGGAAUGUGAAUAUCUAGCCAACAUCAGCUUGAUGCGUGAAAUGUACAAUAACAAAACGUACAAUCAUAAACACUGUGUCAACAUAAAGCGUGCGUGAUGUUGGCCAGUUAAUAACGUUUUUGUUUUAAAUACAUUCCCAAUGGAUUGACUACUGAUUGACUGUAGGCGUGAAUGUAUGUGCAUGGUGCCAUGUGAUGGAAUGGCAUUAACAUGGAAAGUCCAUCUCUCGCCCAGGGUUCCUGGUGAACCUGACCAGGAUAUCAAAGAUAAUAAUAACAGUAAUAAUAAUAAUUGUUGCAUUCUGUUUGUAUAGAACCUUUCUAACACUCAAGGUUAUUGCGUAAUGGCAAUUCUCAAUCAGAUACUGGAUUGAGAUCUAUCAAGAUGGUUCUACAUCUGAAUGGAGGACUGCCAGAGUGUUUUAUUCCUUUGGGACUUGCAGAGUAUUCCCAUUUGCUUGCUUCCUUGCCAAGUACCAACAGCAAAGUCGACACCUUGUGAUCUCAUGUAUGCAGGCUAUAAAAUGCCCCUUGGACAUCUUGCGCAUACUCUGGCCUUGUGGUCCAGAAAAAAAUGAAGUAGAACAGUAACCUUGGUUCUACAGCUGACUUAGUUUCCUUUGGAACUAAUCUCAAAAUUACAAACGGUAAUCAAAGGAUCAGUCUCAGUAUCUUGAAUCCUCUUCCUCAACUCCUCCACAAGAUGAGAAGGGAAAGAGGAUGAGCUUGACUUCAAAAAGCAGGGAUUUUUAUAACUUGACAUGAGAUCAUGUGAGAUCACCGUCACAAGGUCAUGACUUUGCUCUUGUUGACAAAUGGGAAUACUCCACUAGUUCCAAGGGUAGAUGCUUUGGAAGUCCUUCCAGUCUUAAAACCUUUGUUGGACAUGUAACCUUCCAUUCUAAUUCCUUUCAUUACAGGCCAGACCACCAGGUCGAUUGUGUUUGCAACUAAUCUCAAAAUCUUAAGACAUCCAUAAAGUUAUAGUGUUUACAAGGUUAACAAACGUCAACUGAUUCAGUAUCUUGUAUCCGCUUCCUUAAUACUUUGACAAGAUAAGAAGGGGAAAGGGAACAGGUGCGAUGUGGUGCGGAACAUUUAUAGGUGACUUUGCUAUUGGUAGGGAAAUGAGCAAAUUGGGGAAAAAAAACUUGACUAGUUCAGAAGGAGACUGCUUAUUAGUCCAGACCGAAAGGCAGUAGAACUAGAUUUUAUUUUACCAAAAUAAGUUUAAACUAGAAAAAAUCACGUGGUAGAGUCCAUACCUCCACCAAACCACACAGUAUCAACAUCAAAAUCAAAUCACUUGAACCUCAGAUAAUACUAAAGCUGUCCACCAAAUUUCAUCCAAAUCCGUUCACUACUUUUUGAGUUACAUUGGGAACAGACAAAACAAUCCUGGAUCCAUGUACAUAUCCAGAUUUGCAUCAAAAUCUAAUCAAUUGUUUCUUGACCCAUGGCUCACCUUUUCUCCAAAUUUCAUCAAAAGCUGUUCACUACUUUUUGAGUUAUGUUGGGAAACAAACGGAGAUGAAAGCCUCCUCCAACAAAGGUGGCUUUUGUACCAAAUCUGUGGUUGGUAGAAGAGAGCAACUGGACUUGCUUGAAAAGUCUUGAAGACGUUUCGCCUCUCGUCCGAAAGGCAUCCUCAGUUCUGUCUGUCUAAUAGGGAGUAUCAAGUAUUUAUCCUCUCAUGGAUCAUAAUAGAAUCCGAAUCAGAAUGCUGAUGGCUGCAUUGAAGGUGGCUGAUAGAUGUCAUAGACACCCACCUCUGUUCAGUGAUGGUCAUUCCAGGUUGACAAAAAAGAACGAUCCUCUCUGGCUAAGAUGUCUGCCAGUUUUCUGGAAGUCCUCUCAUACUCCCACACUAGUCGAAGGGAACUCAUCCCAAAGUGCGUAGAAACAUAUCUGUGAAGAUACUCGGUCGUCCA